GUAUAAAAAUAUGGGGUAUUACAGAAUAGCAACAAACUCGUGUGUUUUUGUUGGUUCUACACGUUAUUCAACAAGAAAAUACAAGUUUUUCUUUUAAUAAACAACCCAUAUUUAUCACCUUUCUACAUUAGCGGUUCUUUCUUUAAUAGUUUUUUUUUUUUUUGUACUAAACAUCGCUCCAGUCUUCGGUUUUUGAAAUUCAAAUUUUCGGUCUUCGGUCCGGUCCGAUCUUGGACCGAUGAACAACCCUAAUCUCACUUGCUUUGACUAAUGGGGAAUGUAAAAUACUUGAUCUGUUUCAAAAUAAAUGCCCCAAUAUGACUGACACAUUUGCCAACGCAAAAAUUUGUCCGAUAAUUUUUUUAAUUAUAAAUAAUUACUAAUUAUAUAGAGUAAAAAUGAAAGGCAAAAAGAAGUUACUUAGUGAACCAAUAAAAAAACAGUUUUAAAGUGGUAUCAAUGGGAAUGUCCCAAAGAAAAAAAAAAAAAGAAAGAUUUGUAUUAGGCCGGUAAAAGGCAGCAAAAGCCUAAGACGGGAAUUGAUGUAAUUAGUCGUAAAAGCAGUUGGCAACGUGGCACAGAGCGCUAAUCAAUUGAUCAAACAAACCUCUCGCGCUUCUAUAUUCCCGCUUCAAUUGAGGUUGAGGAAGGAAUUGAAGCCCUAGAAAUCCCAAACAAAAACCCUAAUUGUCAAUUGCAUUUCAAAAUUGCAUCGUAAUGCCACCUUUACCUGCAAACGAUGAGCCCAUUGUCGUUGAAAUACCUAGCGACGACGAAGAAAGUGUCCCACCUCAACCACCAAGUAAUAAUGUCAAGCAACCAAAUUCCAAGACCAAAGUUAAUUCAGCAGAUCCCGACUUCACCAACCAGAAACUUGAUUGUCGAAGUUUCUGGAAAGCCGGUGCCUAUGAAAUCGGCCCCUCUUCAUUUGUUCCUGCUCAGGGUGAAUUGGAGCAUGCACGUGUUCAUCCAAAGUUUCUUCACUCCAAUGCUACUUCUCAUAAAUGGGCUUUUGGUGCUAUUGCUGAGCUCCUGGACAAUGCUGUUGACGAGAUACAAAAUGGUGCUACAUAUGUGAAAGUUGAUAAAGUUCUAAAUGUGAAGGACAAUUCUCCUGCGUUACUUUUCCAAGAUGAUGGUGGUGGAAUGGAUCCAGAUGGAAUAAGAAAAUGUAUGAGCUUGGGUUACUCGUCAAAGAAAUCAAAUACUACAAUUGGGCAAUAUGGAAAUGGAUUCAAGACAAGUACGAUGCGUCUGGGUGCUGAUGUAAUUGUUUUAAGUCGUUCGACACGUUCAGGGCGUGCUACACAAAGUGUUGGUCUACUGUCUUACACUUUCUUACGGUUGACUGGACAAGAUGAUGUCAUUGUCCCAAUGGUCGAUUUUGACAUUUCUAACCAUUGGGCAGAGCCGAUAAUCUACAGCUCACAUAGUGAUUGGACAACAAACUUGAAAACCAUCCUUGAGUGGUCUCCCUUUGCUACAAAGGAGGAACUUAUGAUGCAGUUUGAGGAUAUUGGACCUCAUGGAACAAAAGUUAUAGUAUACAAUCUUUGGCUGAAUGAUGAAGGCAUAUAUGAACUGAGUUUUGACGAUGAUAAUGAGGACAUAAAGCUAAGGGAUGAAGCUAGUCGAGUGAGUGGGCUGAAAGUAAACAAACGAACACUUGAAUUGCAAUCACACAUCUCAUAUCGCCUCCGCUAUUCGUUGCGGGCCUAUUCUUCUGUUUUGUACCUAAGGAAGUUCAAGAACUUCAAGAUUGUGCUGAGGGGUAAACCUGCAGAGCAAUUCAAUAUUGCAGAUGAGCUCCAAUAUAAACAAGUGGUGACCUAUAAGCCACAGCUUGCUGCAACGUCUAAUGAGGUUUUAGUUAAAACCACCAUUGGAUUUAUAAAAGAAGCUCCAGAUCUUAAUGUCUCUGGGUUCAAUGUGUACCAUAAAAAUCGCCUCAUAAGGCCUUUCUGGAAGGUCUCACGUGAUGGUAGUUCUGUGGGGAAUGGUGUUGUUGGUGUUCUUGAAGCAAAUUUUAUAGAACCAGCACAUGACAAGCAGGAUUUCGAGAGAUCAUCACUGUUUAUUCGGCUGGAAACAAGGAUGAAGCAAAUGGUUUUUGAUUACUGGAAAAGCCAUUGUCAUUUUGUUGGAUUCCAGCGUCGUGAUCAGCCUCCUGCUAAGCUAAAAAAAUUAUCUCAUAUUGAUGACCGAGCGGAUAAACUUCCAACAACUGGAACUGGAUUUCAAGAAGGAUUCACUUCAAAUCGACCCUUUGUUGGUCCUUCUCCUGGAUCUAGAAGAAGUUACCAAGAAAAUUCAUCUACUGAACAGUCUGUUGUUGAGCUCUCUACUGAUGAAGCAGUGGAUGAUUCUAUAGCCUCUUUAUCUAUUGAACAAAUUUGUGAAGAGAAUAUUCAAUUAUUUGCAAGGUGUGAAGAACAUGGGCAGAAAGAGCAUGAGCUAAAACAGACGGUCAACAAACUAGAGAAGGAGUUGGAAGAAACAAGGAAAAAAUGUGCACAACUUGCAGCAUACCUGGAAAGUCGGAAGAAACAGCAUAGUCUGAUGCAGCAGGCAGGGCAUGUUUGAUUGGGAAAUUCAGAGUCGUCUAGCUGAUAUGAUGGUAGCCGGAGAAGGUGAACGGAAGCAAGACACUGCAUGGAUGUAAUCUAAGCCAAGCUGUAUCUUCCUUCAGAACUACUCUAAUGUGAAUCUCACUUUGCUUUGCGGCAUCCAAGAUUUCUGUGGAAGGUUGUGGGUAUUGUGGAAAAAUGUCAAGCGCCAAAUCUUGUAAAUAUGACUACUGUGGGAUGUGGGAAAUAUGAGUUCUGAACUAUUGUAUAUGCCUUUGUAAGUGUUUAGUUCAUUUAAUGUAGUUGUAGAAAGGGGCAUUUAUUGAUAUCGAAGGUCUAAUGAAGCAAUUAAGCUUCAGGAAUUAUACUUCAGCAAAGUUUGAGAUCUAAUAUCACUUACCACUGUUA